AGACAGAAACGUGUGCGUCAAGCUCGAUCAUUUGCGUGAGCCCGGUUCUCGAGUGGUCGUAUUAACGUCAAUCCCAACAAACGAAAUGUGAAUAGAAGAAAAAAAAGACGAAAAAACGAGAGGAAAAGUGUCCCAAAUUAAAUCGAGAUUUUCAUGUGCUUCUCAACAUUUGACUGUCCAUAAUAUAUACCAGCAAAAGACACUGAAUUAGAUGUAAUACAUUGUGUAACGAUGUUAAAUAGAAAUGAAGUCUUUAAGUGAAGCCUAUAUAAGGGUAGGAUCUCGUAGCGAUAAUUGAGAGAGCAGUCGUACGUUGCAGCUCAAACAGUCGGUGCAGAGCUCGCCAACGCGAGAUUUAUGAGGAAUUUGAUCAUAGUGGCGAUGGUUUGGCUGAAGAUUGUGUUUUGUUACAUUUUGUGCACCGAGAUAGUUUUUAGCAAAGAGUAUAGGGACGAUUCCGAGGACGAUUUUGACUUCUACGAAGACUUAUCGGAGGAUCGUGUGGGGAAUUCCCAUAAGAGACGUAUCGGUAUGGUGCCGGAUGAUUUUUACGAGAAAGUGGAGAGCCAACGCAAUGUGUAUCCCAAGUCGCAGGAUCACCUGACCGCCUUCGGGAACAAUGUCGAUUCUUUCGAGAGAAAUCUGUUCGCCGAGCGUCUCAACUGGUACGAAUUGCCCAGGAAGGUUUACAGAUACACCAAGCACCGAAUUCCCGGCUACGACUACGACGAGUUCGCCUCCAUAGACUCCAGAAGCUACCAGAAGUGCGACGACCGAUCGGUCUGGACACAUUGCCUCUGUCAGUUCACGUGCAUGGAGCCGGACGUGGUGGACUGUUACACACCGUGCAGAAGCGGAUGCGAGUGCAAGGAGGAUUACGUUUUCGACGAGAUAAGACAAAAGUGCUUGACACCGGAGCAGUGUUGGUCAAACGACGAAGAAGGGAAAGAUUUUAAUUACCAAAUAUGAUGGUGUUCACAGAAUCGACAUACUUGCGCAGACACAUUGUCUCAGCGAUAUUUUCACACAUGCACACACAUAUACACACAUCAAGUUUUUCGCUCCCGGAGACACGAGAAGCGUGGAGAAUAGUUGUGGUACACGCGCCAAACAAUUCGUCGCAAAAGUAGAGCUUGAAUCGCCAGGAGCUCACCUUACUGUCCAUUAAUUUCGCGAUUCGUGUAAUGUGCGGUACAAAGUCCGAGGAUAGGUUAUUGUUAUCCGUGCAUCCCGCCGCCGCGUCUCCAACAAACGCCCAUUUAUACCUGUAAAUUAGCGAGACAUUAAAUACACACUCUGGCUUUGUGAGACAUGACGCGGCCGUCUCGAGUAGUACGCGUCAAAGAAUCGUUUCGAGAGACCACUCACAUCUGAAAUUGCGGCAAUCUGUGCGCGGGCAACAGCAACGCCAGGUCUAGCAGCUUAGCAGCAGCCAGUUGUAACUGUAACCAGUGAGGAUGUCCGUGUGCCUGCAGCCCGUUGCUGGCGUUAACGGCCCACGACGAGUCCAGGGCCGACAAGAGCUUGAUGUGA